UGAGUUCACGAUGAUCUUAGGAUCAACGGGUAAAAGACGUUGUACGUUAUGGGUUCAGGUGCUGAUCGACGAUUGAUCUUGAACGUCCGAAUUUGGACGUUCGAGGCCAGUUCAAGUCGUUUUAAAUGAUUAUUAUUGGGUUUGCUGGUAAGCAAAAUGUAAAUAAAUAAAUAAAUUAAUUAAUUUAUUGCAAUCAAACAUAAUGGAUCAUCUGUGGGAAGAUAUUACGGACGACGAAGAUUUUUUGGAAUUGGUUCAUCAUGUACAUCCUCAAGCCCCACAAGUCUACAGAGAUCGACCAGAUCAUUUCAACAUUUGGAAUGAUACAGAAUUUAAAGCAAGAUUUAGGUUGGAGAAACAAGUUGUUAGAUUUAUAAUAGAUGAAUUAUCUGAACAAAUCUCAUCUGUUACAGACAGAAACCAAGCAGUAACCCCUACAGAAAUGGUAUGCACUGCUUUGCGUUUUUUAGCCACUGGGAGUUUUUUACAAGUUGUUGGAGAUUUCGGGGGCAUCCAUAAAUCAACAGCCAGCCGAAAAAUAUAUAUGGUUCUAGAAGCAAUUGCUCAGUUGGCACAACACUUUGUAAGAAUGCCAAGAACUGAAGCUGAAGUAACUAAUGUUAGAAAAGGAUUCUUUAAUAUUGCUAAAUUACCAAGAUGUGUUGGCGCUUUGGACUGCACUCACGUAAAAAUUCAGUCGCCUGGGGGGAUAGAUGCUGAAAGUUACAGAAACAGAAAAGGAUUUUUUUCAGAUAAUGUUCAGGCUAUUUGCAGCUCUGAUCUCAAAUUUCAGGACAUAGUGUGUCGCUGGCCAGGCUCUGCCCAUGAUUCCAACAUAUUUAGGAAUAGCAGAGUCAGAAAUGACUUUGAAAAUGGAGUGUAUGGUGACAACUUACUUGUAGCUGAUAGUGGUUAUACAAUAAAACCAUACGUUAUAACACCUCUAUUAAAUCCUCAUACACGAGCAGAACAUCUAUUUAAUGAGGCACAAAUAUGAACAAGGAAUCCUAUUGAGAGAUCGUUUGGAGUUUUAAAAAGGC